AUGCGUUGCUUGACAAGAUCAACAUCACGGUGGAUUCGUUUUUAUUCGGGAUCAACGGCGACAAGUCUUUUCCCCAAACAAUCGUGCAGUUUUUGUCUCAUUUUUAGGACAGCUGGUUUCGCUCGUUGGAUGGAUCGGCUAACAAUCUGGCCAGCUCCAUACUAUCCAUGGAUAUUUGACAAGGAGCAACGAAUGCAACUUGGGAGGACAGGAAAAUCGUAUCAACAAGAGAGCUAUCUCAACUAUGGGGGGGAGGGCUACAGAACCCCUUUUCAAGCCACACUGAAACAGGUUGUAGGUGGAACUUUUUGGUUUCGAACAUACCCAUCGGAAGAGGAAGUACCACGUGAGAGAACUUUCUAUUCGUCGAGGUUUCGAAUCGACAAUCAAACAGCGCUCAAUUUGCACCAGAAAUUGACCUACACUCCAAAUAUCUACCUCAAUUAUUUCGGGCUCUCGAUUCGAGUCGAAAAAUGGUCUGAUGCCACUUCAACUCCAAUAACUACAACUCCAACAACUACAACACCGGGCACCACAACUCCAACAACUACAACACCAGUCACUUCAACUCCAGCCACUUCAACUCCAGGCACUUCAACUCCAAUAACUACAACACCAGCCACUUCAACUCCAGUCACUUCAACUCCAGCCACUUCAACUCCAGUCACUUCAACUCCAAUAACUACAACCUCAGCCACUUCAACUCCAACAACUACAACUCCAACAACUACAACACCAGCCACCACCACUCCAACAACUACAACACCAGCCACCACAACUCCAACAACUACAACACCAGCCACCACAACUCCAAGAACUACAACUCCAACAACUACAGCACCAGCCACCACCACUCCAACAACUACAACACCAGCCACCACAACUCCAACAACUACAACACCAGCCACCACAACUCCAACAACGACAACUCCAACAACUACAACACCAGCCACCACAACUCCAAGAACUACAACACCAUCCACCACCACUCCAACAACGACAGCUCCAAGAACUACAACACCAGCCACCACAACUCCAGCAAUUACAACACAAGCCACCACAACUCCAACAACUACAGCUCCAAGAAUUACAACUCCAAGAACUACAACUCCAACAACUACAACACCAGCGACCACAACUCCAACAACUACAACUCCAACAACUACAACCACAACACCAGCCACCACAACUCCAACAACUACAACUCCAACAACUACAACACCAGCGACCACAACUCCAACAACUACAACUCCAACAACUACAACCACAACACCAGCCACCACCACUCCAACAACUACAACACCAGCCACCACAACUCCAACAACUACAACACCAGCCACCACAACUCCAACAACUACAACUCCAACAACUACAACACCAGCCACCACCACUCCAACAACUACAACACCAGCCACCACAACUCCAACAACUACAACACCAGCCACCACAACUCCAACAACUACAGCUCCAAGAACUACAACUCCAACAACUACAACUCCAACAACUACAACACCAGCCACCACCACUCCAACAACGACAGCUCCAAGAACUACAACAUCAGCCACCACUACUCCAACAACUACAACACCAGCCACCACAACUCCAACAACUACAACUCCAACAACUACAACUACAACACCAGCCACCACAACUCAAAGAAUUACAACUCCAACAACUACGACUCCAACAACUACAGCUCCAACAACUACAACACCAGCCACCACCACUCCAACAACGACAGCUCCAAGAACUACAACAUCAGCCACCACAACUCCAACAACUAUAACACCAGCCACCACAACUCCAACAACUACAACUCCAACAACUACAACUACAACACCGGCCACCGCAACUCAAAGAAUUACAACUCCAACAGGUACAACACCGGGCCCCACAACUCCAACAACUACAACACCAGCGACCACAACUCCAACAACUACAACACCAUCCACCACCACUCCAACAACGACAGCUCCAAGAACUACAACUCCAACAACUACAACAUCAGCCACCACAACUCCAACAACUACAACACCGGCCACCACAACUCCAACAACUACAACUCCAACAACUACAACCACAACACCAGCCACCACAACUCCAACAACUACAACUCCAACAACUACAACACCAGCCACCACCACUCCAACAACUACAACACCAGCCACCACAACUCCAACAACUACAACACCAGCGACCACAACUCCAACAACUACAACACCAGCCACCACCACUCCAACAACUACAACAUCAGCCACCACAACUCCAACAACUACAACACCAGCCACCACAACUCCAACAACUACAACACCGGCCACCACAACUCCAACAACUACAACACCAGCUACCACGACUCCAACAACUACAACACCGGCCACCACAACUCCAACAACUACAACUCCAACAACUACAACCACAACACCAGCCACCACAACUCCAACAACUACAACACCGGCCACCACAACUCCAAGAACUACAACUCCAACAACUACAACACCAGCGACCACAACUCCAACAACUACAACUCCAACAACUACAGCACCAGCCACCACCACUCCAACAACUACAACACCAGCCACCACAACUCCAACAACUACAACACCAGCCACCACAACUCCAACAACUACAACACCGGCCACCACAACUCCAACAACUACAACUCCAACAACUACAACCACAACACCAGCCACCACAACUCCAACAACUACAGCACCGGCCACCACAACUCCAAGAACUACAACUCCAACAACUACAACACCAGCGACCACAACUCCAACAACUACAACUCCAACAACUACAGUACCAGCCACCACCACUCCAACAACUACAACACCAGCCACCACAACUCCAACAACUACAGCUCCAAGAACUACAACUCCAACAACUACAACUCCAACAACUACAACACCAGCCACCACCACUCCAACAACGACAGCUCCAAGAACUACAACAUCAGCCACCACUACUCCAACAACUACAACACCAGCCACCACAACUCCAACAACUACAACUCCAACAACUACAACUACAACACCAGCCACCACAACUCAAAGAAUUACAACUCCAACAGGUACAACACCGGGCCCCACAACUCCAACAACUACAACACCAGCGACCACAACUCCAACAACUACAACACCAUCCACCACCACUCCAACAACGACAGCUCCAAGAACUACAACUCCAACAACUACAACAUCAGCCACCACAACUCCAACAACUACAACACCAGCCACCACAACUCCAACAACUACAACACCGGCCACCACAACUCCAACAACUACAACACCAGCCACCACGACUCCAACAACUACAACACCGGCCACCACAACUCCAACAACUACAACUCCAACAACUACAACCACAACACCAGCCACCACAACUCCAACAACUACAACACCGGCCACCACAACUCCAAGAACUACAACUCCAACAACUACAACACCAGCGACCACAACUCCAACAACUACAACUCCAACAACUACAGCACCAGCCACCACCACUCCAACAACUACAACACCAGCCACCACAACUCCAACAACUACAACACCAGCCACCACAACUCCAACAACGACAGCUCCAAGAACUACAACACCAGCCACCACCACUCCAACAACGACAGCUCCAAGAACUACAACAUCAGCCACCACUACUCCAACAACUACAACACCAGCCACCACAACUCCAACAACUACAACUCCAACAACUACAACUACAACACCAGCCACCACAACUCAAAGAAUUACAACUCCAACAGGUACAACACCGGGCCCCACAACUCCAACAACUACAACACCAGCGACCACAACUCCAACAACUACAACACCAUCCACCACCACUCCAACAACGACAGCUCCAAGAACUACAACUCCAACAACUACAACAUCAGCCACCACAACUCCAACAACUACAACACCAGCCACCACAACUCCAACAACUACAACACCGGCCACCACAACUCCAACAACUACAACACCAGCCACCACGACUCCAACAACUACAACACCGGCCACCACAACUCCAACAACUACAACUCCAACAACUACAACCACAACACCAGCCACCACAACUCCAACAACUACAACACCGGCCACCACAACUCCAAGAACUACAACUCCAACAACUACAACACCAGCGACCACAACUCCAACAACUACAACUCCAACAACUACAGCACCAGCCACCACCACUCCAACAACUACAACACCAGCCACCACAACUCCAACAACUACAACACCAGCCACCACAACUCAAAGAAUUACAACUCCAAAUACUACGACUCCAACAACUACAGCUCCAACAACUACAACACCAGCCACCACCACUCCAACAACGACAGCUCCAAGAACUACAACAUCAGCCACCACAACUCCAACAACUACAACUCCAACAACUACAACUACAACACCAGCCACCACAACUCAAAGAAUUACAACUCCAACAGGUACAACACCGGGCCCCACAACUCCAACAACUACAACACCAGCGACCACAACUCCAACAACUACAACACCAUCCACCACCACUCCAACAACGACAGCUCCAAGAACCACAACUCCAACAACUACAACAUCAGCCACCACAACUCCAACAACUACAACACCAGCCACCACAACUCCAACAACUACAACACCGGCCACCACAACUCCAACAACUACAACACCAGCCACCACGACUCCAACAACUACAACACCGGCCACCACAACUCCAACAACUACAACUCCAACAACUACAACCACAACACCAGCCACCACAACUCCAACAACUACAACACCGGCCACCACAACUCCAAGAACUACAACUCCAACUCCAACAACUACAGCUCCAACAACUACAACACCAGCCACCACAACUCCAACAACGACAGCUCCAAGAACUACAACAUCAGCCACCACUACUCCAACAACUACAACACCAGCCACCACAACUCCAACAACUACAACUCCAACAACUACAACUACAACACCAGCCACCACAACUCCAACAACGACAGCUCCAAGAACUACAACAUCAGCCACCACUACUCCAACAACUACAACACCAGCCACCACAACUCCAACAACGACAGCUCCAAGAACUACAACAUCAGCCACCACUACUCCAACAACUACAACACCAGCCACCACAACUCCAACAACUACAACUCCAACAACUACAACACCAGCCACCACCACUCCAACAACUACAACACCAGCCACCACCACUCCAACAACGACAGCACCAGCCACCACAACUCCAACAACUACAACACCAGCCACCACAACUCCAACAACUACAACACCGGCCACCACAACUCCAACAACUACAACACCAGCCACCACGACUCCAACAACUACAACACCGGCCACCACAACUCCAACAACUACAACACCGGCCACCACAACUCCAAGAACUACAACUCCAACAACUACAACACCAGCGACCACAACUCCAACAACUACAACUCCAACAACUACAGCACCAGCCACCACCACUCCAACAACUACAACUCCAACAACUACAACUACAACACCAGCCACCACAACUCAAAGAAUUACAACUCCAACAGGUACAACACCGGGCCCCACAACUCCAACAACUACAACACCAGCGACCACAACUCCAACAACUACAACACCAUCCACCACCACUCCAACAACGACAGCUCCAAGAACUACAACUCCAACAACUACAACAUCAGCCACCACAACUCCAACAACUACAACACCAGCCACCACAACUCCAACAACUACAACUCCAACAACUACAACACCAGCCACCACCACUCCAACAACUACAACACCAGCCACCACAACUCAAAGAAUUACAACUCCAACAGGUACAACACCGGGCCCCACAACUCCAACAACUACAACACCAGCGACCACAACUCCAACAACUACAACACCAGCGACCACAACUCCAACAACUACAACACCAGCCACCACCACUCCAACAACGACAGCUCCAAGAAUUACAACUCCAAGAACUACAACUCCAACAACUACAACACCAGCGACCACAACUCCAACAACUACAACUCCAACAACUACAACCACAACACCAGCCACCACAACUCCAACAACUACAACUCCAACAACUACAACACCAGCCACCACCACUCCAACAACUACAACACCAGCCACCACAACUCCAACAACUACAACACCAGCCACCACAACUCCAACAACUACAACACCAGCGACCACAACUCCAACAACUACAACACCAGCCACCACCACUCCAACAACGACAGCACCAGCCACCACAACUCCAACAACUACAACACCAGCCACCACAACUCCAACAACUACAGCUCCAAGAACUACAACUCCAACAACUACAACUCCAACAACUACAACACCAGCCACCACCACUCCAACAACGACAGCUCCAAGAACUACAACAUCAGCCACCACUACUCCAACAACUACAACACCAGCCACCACAACUCCAACAACUACAGCUCCAAGAACUACAACUCCAACAACUACAACUCCAACAACUACAACACCAUCCACCACCACUCCAACAACGACAGCUCCAAGAACUACAACUCCAACAACUACAACAUCAGCCACCACAACUCCAACAACUACAACACCGGCCACCACAACUCCAACAACUACAACUCCAACAACUACAACCACAACACCAGCCACCACAACUCCAACAACUACAACUCCAACAACUACAACACCAGCCACCACCACUCCAACAACUACAACACCAGCCACCACAACUCCAACAACUACAACACCAGCCACCACAACUGCAACAACUACAACACCAGCGACCACAACUCCAACAACUACAACACCAGCCACCACCACUCCAACAACGACAGCUCCAAGAACUACAACUCCAACAACUACAACAUCAGCCACCACAACUCCAACAACUACAACACCAGCCACCACAACUCCAACAACUACAACACCGGCCACCACAACUCCAACAACUACAACUCCAACAACUACAACCACAACACCAGCCACCACAACUCCAACAACUACAACUCCAACAACUACAACCACAACACCAGCCACCACAACUCCAACAACUACAACACCGGCCACCACAACUCCAAGAACUACAACUCCAACAACUACAACACCAGCGACCACAACUCCAACAACUACAACUCCAACAACUACAGCACCAGCCACCACCACUCCAACAACUACAACACCAGCCACCACAACUCCAACAACUACAACACCAGCCACCACAACUCCAACAACUACAACACCGGCCACCACAACUCCAACAACUACAACUCCAACAACUACAACCAGAACACCAGCCACCACAACUCCAACAACUACAGCACCGGCCACCACAACUCCAAGAACUACAACUCCAACAACUACAACACCAGCGACCACAACUCCAACAACUACAACUCCAACAACUACAGCACCAGCCACCACCACUCCAACAACUACAACACCAGCCACCACAACUCCAACAACUACAACACCAGCCACCACAACUCCAACAACUACAGCUCCAAGAACUACAACUCCAACAACUACAACUCCAACAACUACAACACCAGCCACCACCACUCCAACAACGACAGCUCCAAGAACUACAACAUCAGCCACCACUACUCCAACAACUACAACACCAGCCACCACAACUCCAACAACUACAACUCCAACAACUACAACUACAACACCAGCCACCACAUCUCAAAGAAUUACAACUCCAACAACUACGACUCCAACAACUACAGCUCCAACAACUACAACACCAGCCACCACCACUCCAACAACGACAGCUCCAAGAACUACAACACCAGCCACCACAACUCCAACAACUACAACUCCAACAACUACAACUACAACACCAGCCACCACAACUCAAAGAAUUACAACUCCAACAGACAAACCGAAAAACAUCUUUUCACACUAUAAAUGGGCAUGGAUCGGUUCUGGGAUUGCGUUGAGUGUUGGAAUUGGAAUGAUUUUGAUCCUUUUCUUGGUUCGAGUCUGCCGACGUUUACCCACUGUUUCAUCUGCUUUCAAUCGCAAUCUAAACAUGAACACAGAUGAUAUGGAACGGGCACGGCACAGAAGGUCGCAAAUCAGUGUUGAGAACUGGACC